AACAGCGUUAUACAAUGCAAAGAAAAUAUAUAAUACAAAAACGACAGUUCAUUAACGGUUGUUUUCAAAUAUUUAACGUUUAGGUUUCUGUUUUAAGGUUUACUUGCUUAUUAGAUGAAAAUAAAUACCUGGUAAAAACCCCGGCUUGUGGUCACUCCUAAUCUGUGUACUUCAUAUGUUUUCAAAGAAUUUAAGCAAUUUCACACAAUCCAGCCAAGUAACAUCAGGUAUUUCGAGCAGUGCUCUAGUUUCUUGGCAAAUGUUAGCACUCGGUGAGGUCUCGUGGGCACUUAAAAUUAACAGGAAAGACGUAGACUGUUGAUUUUGCACACUUGAAUCAGAUUAGCUCUGUUCUGCAUAGCUGUGGUGGUCCAGCAAAUUCCUUGAAGAUGGAAUGUACAUCAAAUACAGUUGGUUAUGCAGGUUAUAAAUUUCAUAUAAAAUGUCUUUUGUUUGCAGAAAUCUUCAAUCGAAUUCCUGACCAUUAAUCGCUUGGUAGUCUGUGGCUGCCAUGUCUGCAUCUGGUGACCAAGAGGAGUACCUUACUGUUAUACUCAGGGUGGUCGGUGGGGUAGCAGAAGAGUACCAGCACAGUUUGACUCUGCGGGUCGACUCCUUAGCUGUGCUGUUUUGUCCAGCAUGCGGGAAUUCGUUUGGCAACAAGCUGGACUACAUCGGCCACAUAAGGACGCACACGCUCGCCGCCAGUGGCCAACAGAGCAAGCCGAUGCCGCUGCUGCAGCCUGUGCAGCUCGCAAAGCCUGUGAAGCGGCCCAACGCACAGCAGAACCCAUUCGUGAGUCUCUCCGACAUCAUGCUCUACUCGGCGUACCAGGAACCGUCGAAGCGCGUGCGCGUGAUGUCGGCGGCCAGCCCUGUGACGAUGGACAACCCUUCCGCUGUCGCCGCGCCCACGUUCUCCACGUUGUCCGGCUUCGGCUCUACGCUGUCGGAGCCACAUGCCGACCAAUCGCACGGCUUCGUCGAGCAGCAGCCGCUGAUGUCGCUGUCGCUGGACGACAUCGCACUGGUGAAUGCUGACCUCGACACCCCGCUGUCGCGCGCACUCUCGGAGAUCUCCGACUACUCAGACCUGCAGAGCGUGCAGACGGACGUCUCGGGCUUGCAGGAGUCUGGAAUCUUCCUGGGUGCGGCGGAGCACGGUUUCUCAGUCGAUGCUGAAAAGAAGAAGCUGAUCAUCAAUCUGCAUCGGCUGCCGGAGGAUGUCAUUGAGAAGUUCAAGCAGCCACAGAUGCCAUCUGCACACUUUGCCCGGCAGCAGCAGCAGCAGCAGCUGGCGAGUGCAUCCGAUUUGCUGGUAACCGUGCAGCCGGCAGCACAGCCACAUGUGGGGAACCAGGCCACACAUACCAACAAGCCAGAUACAAUUUGCCAACAGUGCGGUAAGCUGUUCCAAUACCGCAUGGCCUUUUUGAAGCACAUCCAGUCGUGUAAGACGAAUGGGCCAUUCAAGUGCAAGAUGUGCGGCAUGCAAUUCCCUGUGGGGUUGGAAUUGCGCAAACACAUGGACAACUACCACCGGGCUAUGCCAUUACGCAAGAAGAAGGAAAGCAUGAAAGGGAAAGUUGGAAGAGGCACAUCAUGCCAGCUCUGUGGAAAAGUAAUGCAGAAGGGAGCGCUACUAGCACACCUCAGCGAACAUUCAGAGAUGAACAGCGAUCCUCAGAAGUCAUUAACCUCUACCUACAAGUUGGUGGACGCGCCGCCCGCCAUACCUUUAGAGCCUGAAGUGAUCACCUCGGCGGAAGGCGGGCACAUCGAUGAGUCGGUCCAGGAGACCGUCGAGCGGUUGUUCAACGACUAUCGCUUCGAAGUCGAAGAAUCACGGCCUGGCGCAGGUACAGUCACUGAGGAGAGUGCGGCCGGUGGUUCGAUCUUCCACUGCAGGCCGUGCGAGCUGGGAUUCGAUGCGGCUCAAUUGUUCUACGACCACUGCCUCGCGCACACUGACGCGCGCUGUCCCAUCUGCGAGCGAUCGUUGCCCGACGGCGCCCGGCUGCGGCAGCACGUUCACCGGCACAUUGCCUGCCACCGCUGCAGCGUGUGCUCGCUGCUGUUCCCCGGAGCGCUCGCACGAGACACACACGCCACGGUGGAGCACCUGGUCGCUACGGCAACGCGGCGCGUCGACUGCCACGAGUGCAACACGGCAUUUGCUGACGAUGAGAGCUAUAUGUCUCACGUCGUGCGCUGCCACAACCUGCAGCCAAAGAUUCCGCUGAUGAAAACGGCUGCCACCGCCGCAAUCGGAAAACCCUGCGGUGAUGGGAGCCUGGUGAACAGUGGACAACAGAUGACCGUGACAAACGGAGAACAACAGAUGACUGUUGCAGAUGCAGGACAGCAGAUGACCAUGACAGACGGAGAACGGAUGAUCAUGACAGACGGAGGACAGGUCACUGUGACAGACGGAGGACAGAUGAUGGUUGUGACAGACGGAGGACAGAUGACCGUGACAGACGGAGGACAGAUGACAAUGACAGAUGGAGGACAGAUGACCAUGACAGACGGAGGACAGCAGAUGAUUGUAACAAAUGGAAGACAGCAGAUGGCUGCAGCAGAGGAAGUGCAGCAGGUGACCGGAAUGGCAGCAGCAGUGUCAGACGCUAGUCAUCCCCAUCACCGCUGCCAGCAGUGCGGUGCCACGUUCAAGUCGAAGGUGCGUUACAACACGCAUCUCGCCAAGGUUCACCAGCAGCAGCCGUACAAGUGCACGCUGUGCUGCCACGCACUCGAGACGAAGACCGACUAUGUCGCGCACCUCUCCGCACACGCGAGCGACGGGUCACCGGUCGGCGAUGGCUCGAACGGCGGCGGUGGCUUCAGCUGCUACGUGUGCGCGCGCGAGUACGGUGUCGCGUCCAAGUGCCAGCAGCACCUGUUCCGGGCGCACGGCGUCAAGCCCUACCUCUGCCAGCUGUGCGGUGAACACCUCGAGCACAUCAACGACCUGCUCUUCCACCUCGACAACCACAGCAAGGAGAACACGACGGCCGCUGAGGGCGCCCCCGUUGAAAUCGCACCGAGCGUCCCACCUGGCGGCGCCACCGUCACCGUCGAAACGUCGGAGUCGUCGGCUGCGAGGACAGCGGCGGCGGCGGGUGGACAACGGGGCUUCCUUGAGAAGUACAUGGACUUCAGUAAUCGCGGCAGUGACGAGGACAUUCUCAGCCAGCUGUCGUUGAACCCGGCAAGCCUGGCGAGUCUUGGAGCGAGCGGCGACCUUGACCUGCACAUGGAAGUCGAGUCAGAUACGGAGGCUGAGUGGCAGGAGCACGGGUGAUGCCGCAGCUAAUGUCGUGUCGGCAACGCGACUCGCCCGCGGUGAAGCACGGAGCGCGGUCAGAGUGAGGAUGGUCGCGAGAAUGUCCGCGGUUUGCUCUGGUUAACCUCGAGAACUCAUUUCUGGAGUUAUAUUCCAGAUUGAUUCCAGAUUCUGGAUUCUGCUAUUUGCUGGCGUGUGGAGUCUGGUCGGAGCACGGCGGUUACCACACGAAUGUCACAUCUGCAAGGUUCUGCGAUUCACUGG